AUGAUGAUGAUGCUAUCACUACGCCGUGCAUGGAAUAAAUCUCGUAUGGCUUUAUGGGAGGUUUUCUUCCCAGAAAGAUUCAUUUCAUACAUUGAUCCCUUUGUUCGUCUCAUCUUUACACUUUAUCAUCUUCCCUUCAUUGCCCUUAUAGUGGCUAUUACCCAUAGUGAACUGGAACGUAUUGUUUGGGUUCUCAUUGUUCCCGUCGCCCAAGAAAUGGAGAAACAGCCUUACAAUUCCUCUCAUAUGGAAACUUUCCUUCUUGGAUUGUAUGAUAUCUUUCGUAGUAUUUCACCAUUCUUUACACUUGGUUUGGCUGUGGCUACUGUGGGGCACAAGGUACUUAAUUCUGUGGUGGAGACCAUGGUAGAUGCGCAUUGUACACAUUGUGGAAAACAUUAUCCACUCUUGGCAGCUAGAUUAGCAUUUGUAAUGGAAAAUAAAGAAAGAUAUACAAUAUUCCUGGUGGUAUUCUUUCUAUUAGUAUCUAUAGUACUUUCUAUUCUUCAUACCAAUAUACUUUUAGUUUGGACAGUACGUGAACCUAUUGUCAUGACUAGUUUAUGGUGUAUUAUUGCUGUACAAUUUUGUUUUGUUGUGGGAUCCUUUUUAAGUCAUAAAUCCCUACCUCCUAAAGUAUUAGAAUGGAGAGAAUUAGAUGUUGUUGGGGAUGUUACCUUUACAAGAUAUAUUUGUGAUGUUUGGUGGAGAACGUAUAUUCAAUAUAUGCGGUAUAUUGCUGUAGAGAUGGUUAUCGCUAUUGCAGGAAUAUCUCUUUUUUAUAGAGGUCCUUUAUAUGUUCUUUCAUCUUCUUUGGAACUUGCCAUGUAUUUAAAUCUACCUCUUCUUGUAGGACAUGCUGUAUUAUCUAUAUCUACUACUAUUAUGAAUCUUCAAUGUUCAUUUCGUUGGUUACGGCGACACUUUGAUGUUAUACUUCCCGUUUUAUUACUUGCUUUUCCCUAUCAAAUUAUGCUUUUACAAUCUAUGUUCUUUUUUCGUAAUCAUUGGAGAACUGUUUUUAUACUUACAGGGGUAAGUGUCCUUCUUUGUGGUAGAGCCGUGGAUCUUGUACGAGAGUUUGAUGUCAGUAAAUACGGUUCUGUUCAUUGGAAACGGGUAAAGGAUGAGUCACUUUUACCACCUUAUCUUUCUAUUCUAUUGGAAGAUGCGUAUGAGCGAAAAACAACACAGGUGGGAGUGGUAAGUCUUGAUAUGUUUAUAGAUAUGAAAGGGAUGAUGAUUUAUAGUAAAGAUGAGGAAAUACCUGUAAAACGCAUUCAGGUUCAUCCCUAUGGAAAUGGAAAAUCUUUUCUUCGUAAUCCACGUUUUUAUACUUAUACAGUUCCACGUUUAUUAUCUGUUCAAAGUUCAGGAUAUAUUGCUGGUGAAUAUUUUCGUAAAGCACGUUCAUUUCUUAGACAUGUUACUUCUCUUAUGUUAAUAUUAUUUACAGGUUUAGUUUGUGGAAUGCUUUUACAAGCCGCUUUUCCACAACUUCGUCCCUGGCCUGUUCGAAUUUAUUCUACUGAAAAUAAAGAUGCAUUAUUAUUGGAUCAUAUUGUAGUUCGUAUGGGUUUAUUUUCUUCUUCUUCUUCUUCCUCUUCUCAAAAGGGGGCAAUGAUUUCAAAUUUACCUUAUAUCUCUUCUUCAAGAGAAUCACCAUUUUCUGCCUUUAUGUGGAAUAAUGUUAAUAAUACUAAUAAUAUUAGUAAUAAUAUUAGUAAUAAUACUAAUAAUAUUACAUUAUUAGGGGAUGAUUGGUAUCCUUCUUUAUGUACAAGAAGUUUUUAUGAUGUUUCUAUAUGGGAAAUUUCUCUCCUUGCGUUGGCACCGUAUUUAUUUUAUGAGGAUGAUGUAAAAGAAUUAUUACAAUUUAUGUCUAUGCAUAUGGGAACAGAUUGGAGAAUUCGUGAACGGCAUGGUACAGAUUGUAUAUCCACAGAUUCAUCUAGAAAACCAACUGGUUGGGAUGGAUAUUAUGAAUUUUAUAGUGCUAAGAAUGAUCUCUCUGUUAUUUCUAUACGUGGAACGGAUAUGACAUCUUUUAAAGAUCUUCUUAUUGAUGUGAAUAUCUAUUUUGAUGUUGUUCUCUAUCAUAUAUUAUCUAAUAUUGUUCCAGGUGCGGUUAUUUUACCUUCUGAAUUUGUAGCCGAUCUUCUUCGUUUGGCUUCUAUACCCGCAUCAUCUAAACAACGAAUAGAAAGUUGGAAAUCUCUUACUAAAAGUCAAAAUUCAAGUCUUCGUUUUUGUGCGAAUAAUAAUUAUGGACGUGAUUUUUUCGUGGAUGUUUAUAAUCAUCUUUCCUAUAUUGGAACCCGUCCUAAUCCUCCUAAACAUGUUCUUCUUACAGGUCAUUCAUUAGGUGGAGCUGUGGCAUCUAUUAUUGGAAGUCAAAUGGGUAUUAAAGCUGUUGGUUUUAGUGCCCCUGGUAUUGCACUUUCACGAAAAAAGUAUAAUAUUGAUCUUUGGCGUAUUCAUAAGUACGUGGUAACUGUUAUCUCUUCUCAUGAUAUAGUUCCUAUGAUUGGUGGAAGUGGUGGAGAGGAACAUCAUGUUGAGUGUUUAGCAAAGACACGGGAACUUUGUCAUGCUGUGGAAUUUCUUGUUGGGACUCUGUGGAGAUCCUGUGAAUCUAUUCGUUCACGUUAUCCCUUAAUUAAGGCCGUUACAUAA